CUCCACCGAUUGAAGCAGAUUGUUUACAUUUACAACCCGGCCUAUGUGGCUCGUGUGAUGUUAUAAAUGCUUGAAUUUGAUGUUUCUGUGGUACAAUGUCUAGGACUGUGCAUACAGCGCCAGACUGCAAGCAAAGAAAAAAGUUGCAGGGCAUUUAAUUACAAUGAGCGAACAUGCUACAUGUUGAACACUUUUGUGUGUGACGGAGAAAGAGACCUUACAGACGCACCUGGUUACAAGUACUUCGAUUUAGUAGAUGAUUAUUCGAAAGAGGAAGGAUAUAUGAAGACAAAGCAAUGUGCAGCAAAAGGAAAAUGUUCGAGUAGAUGUUUGAAGUUCCGGCUCUAUAAACUGCCUAUGUCUUGGCAUGAGGCUCAUGCAGCUUGCAAAGAGGAGCAGGCAUAUUUGGCAAUGCCUCGUUCACGACAUGAUCAUGAAACUCUUAUAAAAAUGAUGAAGAAAGAUAACAUUCUGCAAUCCUGGAUUGGCAUAAAGCGACAGAAGGGGGUGUUCUAUUAUGACAAUGGAGAUCCACUUUUACAGAACAAAACUUUUUGGGGUCCUGAUCAACCCAAUGACAGUGGGGGUGUUCAGCAUUGUGUGCAAAUGAUGGAUGAAAUGGAAUACAUGUGGAAUGAUUUCGAAUGCUCACGACCACUUGGAUUUUUCUGUCAAUAUGUUUGGUAAAUUUUGCUUAAGGAGGCUGUAAGCGCUGGCAAGAAACCUUAUAUUUCUUCUAAAGAAAAAAAAAAGUGUUCAGUAGAAUCGCAGCUCUUGAAACUUAGUGAUUUAAAAUAGUUCAAAUAAAAACAAUAAAAAUA